AUGAGAAAGCCUAGCAAGGCCGCCUUGGGGUCGAGAUUAAACAUGACAUUUUCAACCAAUACGAGACGUAUUGCCGCAGUUGCUGUGGCUCUUGUCAUACUGUUCCUCCUCCUGCGGCCGACGUCAUCGUCCUCAUUCGAUUCUGACUUGAUCCAUUCGACAGCUCAAUCGGCAGACCGGCCUUCUAGAUCAUAUCCUCCUCCGAAACCCGGGCAGAAGUCUACCUCAGAAGAGAGCGCGCCGCGAGCCCUUGUCUCAAAGCCCUUGCGAGAACGCCUACGCUACCAUUUCCCAUACGAUAUCGAGAGCAAGUUCCCCGCGUAUGUAUGGCAGACGUGGAAAGAAGGCCCCGGGUCCGGCAAAUUUGAAGCAAGAUUAAGACCGUUUGAAGCAACUUGGACAACGUUACAUCCUUGGUUCGUCCACGAAGUGGUCACAGACGACGCUGCCGUUCACCUCAUCAACUAUCUGUAUGCAUCCAUACCCGAUGUGGUCGAAGCUUACGAAGCUAUGCCUCUGCCAGUACUCAAGGCUGAUUUCUUUCGUUACUUGAUCUUGCUCGCGCGGGGUGGUAUAUACAGUGAUAUCGACACUUCAGCCCUAAAAUCUGCCACCGAAUGGCUUCCCGAAAGCCUCGACAAGUCUCAGAUUGGCCUCGUGGUCGGAAUCGAGGCUGACCCGGAUAGGCCAGACUGGAACGAAUGGUAUGCUAGAAGAAUACAAUUCUGCCAGUGGACGAUCCAGUCUAAGCCAGGACAUCCUGUGUUGAGAGAUAUCGUGGCCACUGUCACCGAAGAUACCUUGGCCAUGAAAAAAGCUGGCCGUCUGCAAGUGGGCAAGACUCCCGACAAGAGCAUCAUGGAGUUUACUGGCCCUGGGGUCUGGACCGACGCUCUGUUCUCAUAUUUCAACAACAGGGAUUUCUUCGACUUUAGUUCGCGAACAUCAAAUAUCACCUAUUCGGAUUUCUUUGCCAUCACGGAACAUAAGAAAAUUGGCGAUGUCAUCGUGCUGCCAAUUACGAGUUUCAGUCCAGGAGUCGGCCAGAUGGGUGCUGAAGGUCCAGAUCACCCUAUGGCGUUUGUAAAACAUGAAUUUGACGGAUCAUGGAAGCCAGCUGACGAACGUAUGAACAGCGUAUAG